UUGGCAACCAGGUAGCAAGAGAAUUACCAGCAUUGUAUGUGAAUUUGGUUGAUAACUUGGAUGGGUUCAAUGACUACCCGUGGGGAGACGAUGUCUGGACUGAGUUGGUAGAUAUUAUGCGGACCAAUUCAAAGAGUUUAAAGAAAUGCGCAGGGCAACGAGUCACACUGCCAGGAUGUUUGAUUGCCAUCCAAGUUUGGGCAUUUGAAACCUUCACAGGGCUUGAAAAGGCAGAGAUAUGCAAGUUGAUUGAAGGGAGAGAGUCUCGAAUACCAAGGGCAGUCAAGUGGGAAUUCAUUAAAAAACCAUCAAUGGAGUUGUUGAGCAAAAUAAUAUUCAAGAAUGAACAGUUUGAGUGGAAAAUGAUGGAGCCUACAAAUCUGGAAGGUGAACAUUUCCCUAACUUACUAGCCAAUGAAAGGUUGAGUUCUGAGAGGAGUAGCAAUGAUGGAAUUGAUAUUGUUAAUAGAGUUGAUGGGGUGAAGGUUUUUGAGAAAAAAG